AAUGUGAGGUUAUCAAUGGAUAAGAUAAUUUUUGCGAAAUCCCAAUUAUCAUAAAAGUAAAGAAUACCAGUUGUAUGUGUGUAUGUGGCCAAAAUAAGUUAAAGUUACGUGUGUGCUGAAUAAGUUUUAAUUCUCCAAAGCGCUUAGAACGUACAGUCGAGUAAAUGACUUCAGUCUUCGGAAAUGAAUUGAACUGAUUGAUACGUGGCUCUUGGUUUCUGGUGUCCCCUUGGGGACAGCUGAAAAUAUUUGGGAUAUCUAAUCUGUUCCAGACUAAUUAUAGUCCCCUUGUAUACAAAACUUCAAAGAUGCAAGCACCAAAUUACUGGGCUCUGCCUAUACUUAUUGGAUUAGGAGUGGUGAUUACAACUGCUCUAAUAGCAAAGUUAUACUUAUCCAAGAAGAAAUCAAAAUCAGGCAUUGUUACUCUUCAAGACCCGACUGCAAAAUAUGCUCUUCCUCUGAUACAAAAGGAGAUAAUCAGCCAUGAUACUCGCCGUUUUCGUUUUUCACUGCCUUCAGAAAAUCAUAUACUAGGUCUUCCAGUAGGUCAGCAUAUCCAUUUGUCAGCCAAAGUAGAUGGUCAGGUUGUGAUCCGUUCUUAUACACCAGUUUCCAGUGAUGAAGUGAAGGGUCACAUGGACCUUAUCAUUAAGGUAUACUUCAGGAAUGUGCAUCCAAAGUUUCCAGAGGGUGGAAAAAUGAGCCAGUACUUGGAUAAUAUGAAACUUGGAGAUACAGUUGAUGUUCGUGGCCCUUCGGGUCGGCUUGUGUACCUUGGAAAGGGGGCAUUUGCUAUAAAAGUUCUUAGGAAAGACCCACCAACUGCUGUUUCAGUUAAGAAAGUAGCAAUGAUUGCCGGUGGUACUGGAAUCACACCAAUGCUUCAGCUAAUUCAUCACAUAACUCGAGACCCAGAUGAUAACACUGAAAUGGCUCUGCUGUUUGCGAAUCAAUCAGAAGAUGACAUCUUGCUGAAAAAUGAAUUGGAAGAAGUGGCAACUGCACAUCCUUCACAGUUUAAACUUUGGUACACAGUGGACAGGCCAAGUGAAGGAUGGAAAUACAGUGUUGGUUUCAUCUCUGAUGAAAUGAUCAAGGAUCAUUUAUUCCCUCCAAGCCAAGAUACUUUGGUGCUUAUGUGUGGACCACCACCUAUGAUCAAUGUUGCUUGUGUUCCAAACUUGGACAAGAUGGGAUAUGACGCUAAGCUCCGAUUUGCAUAUUAGGUUUGUAGCCUGCUAUAGAUGUAAUAUGGUAGUAUGGCUGCAUAUGGUUAAAGUAGUUGAUUUAGAAGCCGGGUCUGGUGUAUUAAAGAUUAAUUAAUGUAACUGCUACGUCAGUUGCAGAUGAUACAGCAUACAAACCAAUUAUGGGAAUGUAACAGUUCUGAUUGUAGUUAAUUACUCGAGUUCAUUUAGUAAGACCAAUAAAUUUGUCACAUGAUAAUACAUCAUUUAUACAAUGUCAAAAGGACAUUGUAGGAAUACGUGACCUGGCAUGAUGCCAUAAUUUAAGAUAUCUUGAAUUGACUCCUAUACUGCUAAAAUAGAAUCUGCCGAGUGUCAUAUUUUGGACACAUGUAUGUGGAGCACAACUCUUGGUAGCUGUCCUACACUUUUCAGUGUUAGACCGGUGGCUUAUAAAUCAGUCAGUACUGAUAAUCUAGGUAUAUACCAUAUGUAAUAUCUGUAAGAGUUGAUUGUGUUAAUACCAAUUAAAAUAUGGAAUUCCAAAGUGUAGGAAAUAAUACUGUGAGUAAGGUACUUAUUUUUGCCACUAUAUCACAUUAUUUUUCUGAAAAUAGAAACUGGUAUGUGAUAGAGAAAGCUUCUCCUUCAGCACAAGUAUACAAACGUACUAAUUAUUUGAAGUGAAUUAUGUAGUGUCUUGUAUAAAUCAUAUAAUUCAGCAUGUGCUCAAGUACACUUCAUUUCCAGAUGAUUCUCAACUGCAUGUCAGAAAUGGAUUAUCUCAGUGUGUGCUACUCAUUGCACAUGCUAACUUCGAUAUUUGUCUGACAGACUGAGAUCUGAAAUAUGAUAUUAUACCCUACAACUCUCAUAUAUAGUAAUAUUGAAGAUUCCACUGUUUGUUAAUCUUGCUUUAUUCUUAAAUAUUUGGUGCUUGGUAAGGACUUAAUGUCAAAUGCAAUUUUCAUCGAGUCAAGGCCUUACUGAACACCAAGAAAUUUAUACUUAGAAGCACAAAGACAAUUUAUAGAAUAAGUGUUUUAUCAUGUUUGGUAUCUCCAGCUGUGGUUUUAUUUCCCAUUUUGAUCAACCUUAAUAUGUUAGCUCUUUCAUCUUAAUUUUUAUUUCCUUUUCCGUAGCUUCUGGUGAACUGACUCUUGUAGGGUCCAAACCAUUUUUUUAUGAUGACCAACAUUCAUGUUCCACAAAGAAAAGACAUAUCUUGAACUGACAACUACUGAUGAGAAACCCUGAAUUUUUUGAACAGUGAACUAUUACUACACAAUGUAACAUAUAAUAAUAGGAUGUCAUAUUGUACUUUUUCUGAGAACUCAUUUGUGUUUGAACUUACAUUCUUUUCUGUUCACUGUUGUAUAAAUUAAAUGCUGUAAUAAAGGCUCCUUCCAGAGUCA